GGAACACAUCCCUGCUGCUCCUCAACUUCUCUUGUGUUUUACCAUCAGCUCACCUGAUCUUGGAGAAUCAUGAAUGCUUGUUUGAAGUGGCUGUGGUACCACAGAAACUACUUCAUCAUUGUUUUCACGCCAAUCCUAUUCCUACCACUGCCACUCAUAUCCGCUACACCGGAGGCAAGAUGUGGUUAUGCUAUCAUCAUCAUGGCUCUGUACUGGUGUACAGAGUGCAUGCCUCUGGCUGUGACUGCCCUUCUGCCAGUUAUCAUCUUUCCUAUGAUGGGCAUCAUGAAGGCUGAAGAGGUCAGUAUUGAGUACCUGAAAGACUCGAACAUGCUGUUCAUUGGCGGCCUGUUGGUGGCCAUCGCGGUGGAGUGCUGGAACCUUCAUAAGCGAAUCGCUCUUCGAGUUCUGCUGCUGGUUGGUGUUCGUCCGUCCCUGUUAAUGAUGGGGUUCAUGAUCGUCUCGGCCUUCCUGUCAAUGUGGAUCAGCAACUCGGCCACCACAGCCAUGAUGCUGCCCAUCGCCAAGGCUGUGCUGAUGCAGCUGAAAGCCACAGAGACAGCAGCAGAUGCACGAGAUUUCCAGACUGGAGCCGAGGACAACCAUGCGUUUGAGCUCGAGGUCAAACAAGCCAAACAAGAAAUGACAGAUGAGAAACAGUCAUCAAUAGACACCAAGGCUCAGCUGGAAGACAGAGUGUACGAACAGGAGUCACAGCAGGAGAUGAGGAGAAAAGCAAUAGAGGAGAAGUAUGCGCUCCUGACCAAAGGAAUGAGUUUGUCUGUGUGUUACUCUGCCAGCAUCGGAGGCACGGCCACACUCACCGGCACAACCCCUAACCUCAUCCUUAAGGGCCAAAUUGAGCAGAUCUUCAAGGAUAGCGGUGGCGUGAUCACCUUUGCCAGCUGGUUUGCCUUCGCUUUUCCCAACAUGCUGCUCAUGCUCGUAUUGACCUGGUUCUGGCUUCAGGCUUUGUUCCUUGGCUUCAACCUGAAGCAGACGUUUGGCUGUGGUGAAAAGACAGAGAGAGAUAGGGAGGCUUACAUGGUGAUGAAGGAGGAAUACAAAAAACUGGGGCGCAUGAAGUUUGCUGAGGUGGCAGUGCUGACCAUCUUCAUCCUGCUGGUGGUCCUGUGGUUCACCAGGGAGCCGGGCUUCAUAGAUGGCUGGGCGACAUUGCUCUUUAAUCAGGAUGGAACGUAUGUGUCAGAUGGAACUGUUGCUAUCUUAAUGUCCAUGCUCUUCUUUAUCAUCCCCUCCCGGCUGCCUAAGUUUGGAAGCUAUGGUUACGACGACACAGGUAAGCUGGUGAAGGCUCCCAAAACUCUGCUGAACUGGCAGGUGGUUCACGAGAGAAUGCCCUGGAACGUCAUCCUGCUGCUAGGAGGAGGCUUCGCUCUGGCUGCUGGCAGUGAGAAUUCAGGUCUGUCUAAGUGGUUGGGAAAGAGUCUGGCACCUCUGGAGGAAAUUCCCCCCUUUGCCAUCUCGUUGUUGCUCUCCCUGCUGGUGGCGACAUUCACAGAGUGCUCCAGCAACACAGCCACCACCACCCUGUUCCUGCCCAUACUGGCCUCAAUGGCUGUAACUAUUAAGAUACACCCACUGUAUGUGAUGCUGCCCUGUACCGUUGCUGCCUCUCUAGCCUUCAUGCUGCCUGUGGCCACGCCACCCAACGCCAUUGCAUUCUCAUUUGGAAAACUCAGAGUCAUUGACAUGGUGAAAGCUGGCUUCAUGCUGAACAUCAUUGGAAUUUUGAGCAUUAAUUUAGCCAUCAACACCUGGGGAUAUGCCAUGUUUGACAUGGGCACCUUCCCUGCAUGGGCCAACAUUACAGACAUCCUUGGGCCUUGAGUAUCGAGGGCCAAGCGAGAUAGAAAGGAAUGGUGCAGAACUGUUUUUAAAGCUCCUGAAACUAAACAAAUUCAAAAAUCUGAAGUGAAAACAGCUUCAUCAGGAUUGUGCUGGUGUGGUUUUGAUCAGAUUCCAUUGACAGUGACAAUAAAAACACACCAGCUGUCAUCAGAUCAGAUUCAAAUGUUGCUUAAUCCUGAUUCACACACACAAAUAGAGACAUGUCUCAUGUAAAAUGAGCCAGACUGUUCAAACUUUGGAAGAAAAAUCAUCUGAUUUACUAUGAAGCUGUUUGAGAAAAAGAAAGAGGAGAAAGACAGAAAGAAGUAGAGUGAAUGAAAGGCUGGUUAGAUGACCUGAUCCAAACUAAAAUACCAUUUAGACCCAGUUUCACUCAGCAGAACUGCACAACCACAUACUCUGAAUCAAUCAAGUGCUAUCAGGCUCUUAGCUGUAGUAUUAAACAGACUCUCUGCUUGGUGUUCAGCACUUCCUCAUGUCAUUCCAGUGGCCAAACUAAACAAAUAAAAAAAACGAGGUCAGUUCCCUGUACCAUUUCCUGAAUGCGAUGUAAUCGUGUUAAUCUUUUUUGCACAAAUGAUGUGAAGAUGCAGCACACUGCGUUUUAGUGAUAAUUUAAAAUAAUUAAAUCAUUCUCAGUGAUGUUCUGUGUACAGACAAUAUGUAAAUGUAAUUAAUUGUAUCAGUAAAUUUAACUUAUUAAUGUGGUUCUUCUGUUGGUCCAUAAGUCUUUGUUUUUUGUUGCAUAUUUUAUUUUUUUAGCAGUGUUUGUCACACUGUUUUUAGCAUUAACAAGAUAUUACAUACAACUCAGCUGUGCACAACUAGAGCCAGCAGCUGGUUAACUUACCUCAGAUUAGCAUAAAGACUGGAACUAAUUAACAUUUUAAUAAUAACAUAUCUGGUUUAUUUAAUCCAUACAAAGACUUUUUAUUGAACAGGUGUAGAGACCACCAGGAGUUAUGUCAUUGCCCUGCAAGAAAUAGUCCAGCAAAAAACUCCUGCGAAACCUUAUAUAAUACUUAUAUAUAUUUAGACUUUGUAUGGAUUAAACAAGCAAGAUAUAACAUCUUAAUUAGUGAGCAUUAGAAGUGUUGGUAGGCUAAAUGUUCACCAGGCAGAGCCAGACUAGCUGUGUUUCCCGUUAUGCUAAGCUAAGCCAAGCAUCUCUUAGCAGCAAACAUGAGAGUGGUUUCAGUCGGACUAACUCUGAACAUGAAAGCAAACUUGUUUCCUAAAAUGUCUAAACUAUUCCUUUGACAGAACAGUAAUUUUGGAGACGUGUACAAAUGGCCGGUGACAGAGACAAUCGUCCUUCAGCACUGAGGAAGUUAAAACUGGCUCAGCGCACAAAUCAAUAACAGGAAUAACAGGAGGUUACUAAUAUGUACAUAUGAAAAGGUUGGUUAAAGGAUAACUCUGAGAUAGAAGGGUUCCAACAGGAUAUGAUUAUAGUGCAGGACAGUCUGUAUUGUGGUUAUUAAACGUGAUGAAAAGAACAUGUAGAAGAGACUCAAUGUCUCUGCAGAGUAAUGUCUUUUUGUCAUAUUACAUGUGCUGUUAGUAUU